GACGCUAUUUUGUUGGAUCAGGAAAACUAUCACAUCCUUAAGCUAUUCUUCUCAGACAAACCCUAUUAUCAGAAAUUAGUGGAUCUCAUGCAUGAGAUCACACGGUUUACGUCAUACGGACAGUGUAUGGACAUGGCGUCAAAUGUUUCUAAUAAACGGCCGCAGUUUCAUCUCUUCACUCAAUUACAAUUUGAAAGCAUUGCUAAAUACAAAACCGCUUUCUAUUCGUUUGUUUUGCCCGUAAGACUCGCGCUGUAUAUGUCAUCGUUUGAUUCAGAAGAGGACCACAAAAUAGCCGAAGAGAUACUAUUAAAAAUCGGACAUCUAUUUCAAGUACAGGACGACUAUUUGGACUGUUUUGGAGAUCCGGCUAUUAUUGGCAAAAUAGGCACCGAUAUAGAGGAGGGCAAGUGUUCGUGGCUUAUCGUAAUCGCGUUUAAAGUGUGUGAUAAACAACAGCGAGAAUUCAUUGAAACUAAUUAUGGUAUAAAAGAUGGCGAUUGUGUCCGUAGAGUGAAAGAGGUUUACAACAAACUCAACCUAAAGGAUGCCUUUCAUAAGGAAGAAGAAAAGCAAUACAAGGAAAUCAAUCUUCUAAUCGAUAAUUUGAAAACAAAAUCCCAAUUACGUCCUAAAAUAUUUACAGAAUUUUUGGAUAGAAUUUAUAAAAGGCAAAAAUAA